GGAGGCAGGCAUAGUGAAGUCAUGUGACCACCUGCUGUCACAUGAUAACAGUUUUGGUCACCACUCACCAGCAGCAGCAGAGCAGAGAGAAUGUCAAUGGAUGGAUUGAUGAGAUUCAGAGAGUGUAUUGAAAGCCCUCAGAGUUUGGAGGAUUUGCAGUAUUAUUUCAAUGAUCAUGGAGAAUUGAGGCAUAUCAUUACUAAAAAACCUUUUGUCUACAAUUACUACAAAAACGAACAUGAGAGGAACCACAAACGUUACAUAGCUCUAGGAGAUAUGAUCACUCUGCAUGUGUAUGAGCGUCUGGAGGAAGACUGCAACCUUGAAAGAAUUCCCAUUCCAAUUGAUGCUAGUGAUGAAGAACCAAAGUCUUUCUUUUUCAUGAGCAAAGAAAUCUCGAGUGUACAGUCAAACCUCUUUGUUCUACUUCAAGACAGUGGGGUAAUAAGAGCUGGCCAGUGGAGCCAAAAAGUGAUAUUUCAUCACUCUCUAACCAAAGGAUCACAGCUCCUAUAUAUUAAGGCUGCUUUAAGGGACAAUGGCUCAGUAAUUAUCUUAAAUCCUAAUGACAAUUUUGUUAAGAUGAAAGAAGAAUCCCAGGCAAUGAUCAAGAAUGAAGAGGUCUGCUCUCCAGAAACCAGGGGUGCAGGUGAUUUAUAUAUAACUCCAAGGAAAGUUAUUGUCCCCAAACGAUGCAGCAGCUCUCCAGAGGAGCACACUAACUAUGUCUGGGACCACUUUAUUUCAAGGAGUGCUGCUAAGAAUGUGUCAUUUAUUGCACAUGGGUAUGGUGGGUUAGUUUUUAUGGACUUACUUUGUAAGAGAAGCAAAGAGGUCAUGGCCAAGGUCAGUGCUGUGGCAUUCAUAGACUCGAGGCAUCAUACUCCGCACCAGACAACAACUGCACCUGAAAUACAGACCUGGAUACGGUCACAUUGCCGGAGCUGGGUAAUUAGCACCAAGCCUUUAGACAGACCUACUGGGUCAUUGAGGAAACUAGAUUGCCCAAAGGUAUCUGCUGGAACAGAAAACCAUGAUCUUGUCCCCUCCAUUACAUUCCAAUCUAUUUUUCGAUUUCUUAGCAGGUGCUCAAAGAGUCGUCGGAAAUCAGUUCCACCACCGUUUACAGUGGUAACUAGAAGUACUACAAGAAAUAGAUCUUUAUAAACAGGUACUGCCAUAAAACAGUACAUAAGUGAGGACCACUUUUAGGUAAAUAUUAGCAAUAUAUUCGGAAAGAGAUAUUGAAACACAAAUGGCAUAUUCUGGAUCAUAUAUGCAGAAAGAGUUAAUACAAAAUAAAAUCUGUUCAUCUUGAUGAUGGUUGUCCAUUCCAGACCUUUGUUUAUGCCAUAUACAGUUAUAUCAGCAUAUGUACAUUGAAGGCAAACAAAGAGUUGAAUGUAAUUGUACUAAUGUACUUUUUUUGCACGUGAUUUUCAGAACAUUUUUAAUGCACAGACGGUUUUUUCACAACUAAAGUGUAUGGUGACACUGGUGAUAGGAGGUGCUAAAUAAAUAAUUAUUUGACUGGC